CUCGCCACCAGCUCCAGUCGGGAGGCCAGGAACGCCUGUGGCUGUGGCCUCGCCCCGCAAGGAGCCGCGCAGCUCAGCGCCGGACGCGCCUGAGGGCCGAGACACCCUCCGACUUCCCGUUAGUUACUUCCGGUGAAUUUCGGGCGCUGCCGCCAAUAUCAGGGGAGGAAGUAACCGAGCCGUCUGGGACCGGAAGUGGCGUGCAGGGCGCCGCCAUUACAGACCGGAAGGAGGGGCAGGGCGCCGCCAUGACGGGUUGGCCCUGAAGGGAAAGGGGCGGCUUGUCCGCUCUACGACCCGAAAAAACGAGGCAAGGGGGGGUUGGGCUGGGCGCCGCCAUGACAACUGACACCGGAAAAGGCGGGGCUUUCCUCCCUGACUGAUCCCCCACCGGCACCGGCCUCGAGAUGCAGGCGGCCCUGGAGGUCACUGCACGCUACUGUGGCCGGGAGCUGGAGCAGUAUGGCCAGUGUGUGGCAGCCAAGCCUGAGUCAUGGCAGAGAGACUGUCACCACCUUAAGAUGAGCAUUGCUCGAUGCACAUCCUCCCACCCAGUCAUCCGUCAGAUCCGCCAGGCCUGUGCUGAGCCUUUUGAGGCCUUUGAGGAGUGUCUUCGACAGAAUGAGGCAGCAGUUGGCAACUGUGCAGAGCAUGUGCGCCGCUUCCUGCAGUGUGCUGAGCAGGUGCAGCCGCCACAUUCACCCUCGACUGUGGAGUUAUGGGAUGCAUAGUGCGUCAGGUCAGCUGGACAGAAGGAAAGAAUAUUACCCUGAAAAGUAUUAAGAAGUAGCAAAGACGCCAAGAACCUAGACAAGUUUGUGCCCUCCCGAGGCUCCCAAGGUCAGAGGCCUGGACACAGUUACUGGAGCUGCCCUUGCUGCAGAGUGUGGGUGCAUAGUCCCAAGGCAAAUCCAGGAGAAGCCACUGAAAAUAACACCAUGAUUGAUGCAGCAGUGCCACAUGCUGGUGAGGAAAAGGGGGGAAAUGCAGACCAUAAAAAUGAAGAAACAGAGCAACCUCCAAAGAAUCUAUACCCACUAGCCUCCAAGCCCCAGGGAACCAGGCCCGGGGGAGCAUGUAUGUUCUUAAGAUACACAAAUGCAAGACUUUUACAAAGAAGAAUGUAAAUACAAUAGUAUUAACUAAAAUGGAUAUAACCUAUAUUGAGUGAAAAUUAACAAUGACAUAUUCCUUUCUGUCUGAUGAUACAGUAAAAUAGUUUUGCUUUUUCUGUUUCCUUUUCCAGUAAUAAUUCUCUAAACUGCCUGCAGUCUUUAGGAUGUCUUUUUCUUUUACAUAGUUUUGAAACUGAAAAUCCUAAUUAUUCCAUGUUCAAUGGGAUUGUUGAGAGGAUAUUUAUCUUGAUGUCAUCACAUUGGACUGACACCAAGAAUCAGCAUGAUGUGGGCUUGCU